AUGUCGGAUUACUGCUCUCCCAAAUACCAGAGCGGGGACUUGGUGUUCGCCAAACUCAAGGGCUACGCGCACUGGCCCGCCAGGGUAGAGCACAUGGCCGAACACAACCGCUAUCAAGUGUUCUUCUUCGGGACCCACGAGACGGCCCUCCUGGGCCCCAAACACCUCUUCCCGUACGCCGAGUGCAAGGAGAAGUUCGGUAAGCCCAACAAGAGGAGGGGCUUCAGCGAGGGGCUGUGGGAGAUCGAGAACAACCCCACCAUCCAGGCCUGCGACGACCAGGGCCCCCUCGAGAAGAGCAGCGCCGAGGGGCCUCCGCCCAACGCCUCCGAGGCCGGUGAGACCCAGAAGGGCGGCCCCCGCGGCGGCGAUGAGAAUGGGGAGCUGUGUGUCGAAGAGCCAGCCCGGAAGCGGGAGGAGAUGGGGCCGUGGAAGCGGGAGGAGUUGGGGCCCCUGAAGCGGAGCGCCGAGGACCUGCUGGAGGACGUCCUCAAACGCCCCAAGGAGGCCGAUCUGGAAGGCGAGGAGGCGGCGGCCCAGGGGGCGGAGGCGGAAGCGGAAGCUGCCUGCGCGGCUGCGAGGCCCGUUUUGGUGGAGUCGUUGGAGCAGGGCCCCGCCUGGGGGCCGCCGCAGGAAGAAGGGGAGCUGCAGGAAGAGGCUGCCGAGGUGGGAGGGGAGGCUGAGGUCCCGGGUGAUGGAGACCACGAGAGCCUGUAG